GUUCAAUAAUUCAAGUAAAUUAUUCUGAUAUUCCAUAAAUUGUGUGCAGCAAAUUUACAUUUCAGAUUCUUUUUACCAUAGUGUAAAAAGCCAUUACUAAACUUAACUUGACCUUGCUAGUUCUUUUCCGUUCAGCUACCGCGAUUGGAACAUGUCGUAUUCUCCAGAAAGAAGAUCAGAAGAUUGGCCGGAAGAUUCUAAGAAUGGGCCAACCAAAGAGCCAGUCUAUGACGGACCCCAGGGAAUGGAGCCUGGCGGUACUCUUGAUACAAAUUGGCAUGAAGUCACGGAAAGCUUCGAUGACAUGAAAUUGAAAGAAGAAUUGUUGAGAGGAAUUUAUGCUUAUGGUUUCGAAAAGCCAUCUGCCAUUCAACAGCGCGCUAUUAUGCCAUGCAUUUUAGGUCGCGAUGUAAUAGCACAAGCCCAGUCUGGUACUGGAAAAACUGCUACCUUCUCAAUCUCAAUUCUUCAGCAAAUAGACACUACUGUUCGCGAAUGCCAAGCUCUUAUUUUAGCACCAACUAGAGAGCUGGCUCAACAAAUUCAAAAGGUCGUGAUCGCCCUCGGUGACCACUUGAAUGCUAAAUGCCAUGCAUGUAUUGGUGGAACCAAUGUACGUGAGGAUAUGCGUCAAUUGGAGAAUGGUGUACAUGUUGUGGUGGGUACACCAGGACGUGUAUAUGAUAUGAUCACGAGGCGUGCACUCCGUGCCAACACCAUUAAAUUGUUUGUACUAGACGAAGCUGAUGAAAUGUUGUCUAGGGGAUUCAAAGACCAAAUCCAUGAUGUAUUCAAAAUGCUGUCAGCUGAUGUGCAAGUUAUUUUGCUGUCUGCUACAAUGCCUGAUGAUGUGUUAGAAGUAUCAAGGUGCUUCAUGAGAGACCCUGUUCGCAUUCUGGUUCAAAAGGAAGAGUUAACCUUGGAAGGUAUUAAGCAAUUUUUCAUCUCCAUUGAACAAGAAGACUGGAAGUUGGAUACCCUGUGUGACUUGUACGAUACACUCUCCAUUGCCCAGGCUGUCAUCUUCUGUAACACCCGUCGCAAGGUCGAUUGGCUCACCGAAUCAAUGCACAACCGUGAUUUCACUGUGUCUGCCAUGCACGGUGAUAUGGAUCAACGUGAGCGUGAAGUUAUCAUGAGGCAGUUCCGCACAGGAUCAUCCCGAGUUCUGAUCACCACUGACCUGCUUGCUCGUGGUAUUGAUGUGCAACAAGUGUCUUGUGUCAUCAACUAUGAUCUUCCCACCAACCGGGAAAAUUAUAUUCACAGAAUUGGAAGAGGUGGUCGAUUUGGACGUAAAGGAAUUGCUAUCAACUUUGUGACUGAAGCUGAUAAGAGAGCAUUGAAGGAUAUUGAAGACUUCUACCAUACAACUAUUACUGAAAUGCCCAGUGAUGUGGCUAACCUCAUCUGAGAAGUUAGCCCAUUCCAAUUUACAUUUCGUGUCCUGCAUUCUAUUGCGAUAUUUAUAUGGUGUGAGUAUUAGGAGCUGACUCCUAAGAAUCGCUGUGCUGAAUUUCUAUUGGAACUUUAAUUUGGAUCAAUAUUUGUUUUAGUUUAAUGAGUACUUUAUACUAUAGUAGACGUAUCACUAUAAGUUUAAUUAACAUAGUCAUAGUCCCGGCAAGGCCGGAUGGCCCCCAUUCCGCGUAGACCUCUCUGCUACUUGCAGAGAGGUCUCAUCGGGUUCUGGAGAGGCUAUUUCAAUCACAAGAGCUCUAGAAGGAAAUAAUGUAUUUGUAACCUUUUCUUUUCCAUUUGUACAUACUAUGGUAACUGUUUUGUAAUACGGUAAAUAAAUAUAAUUAAAUAUUCUAUUUGUAUUGUUAUUGAUGUGAUUAUAAGCGCUCCACUCCCGAUCGGAACCUUAAUUUCUUGAAAAAAAUUGUAGUUUCAUUGUGAAAAAUUUUCUUUACAGAAGACCUACCCACAGAGCUGUUGACACUUACUAGACACAGUGGACACGUGUGGAAAUAAUAAAAUUCAAUUUCCUCUAA